UGGCCAUAGGGUCAGCCCAACAUCGACAUUCAUGAUUCAUCGCAGCAGCCAACAAUCCACAAAAGCCUAGCCAUCCGCUCACCCCCUUCGCUUCGGUGACUCUCUCCCCCUCUCCUUCCCCUAGGCCGCCGCUAUGAAACCUCCGGUCGCCAUGGAUUCUGCCGGAGGAAACUCAGGCAAGCUGUUCGACGAAAUGCCUCCCCGUUCGUCGGAUCGAGGAUGCCCCCGGAGCCCGUCACCGGCGGCGAUGGAACACGGCUUCGACAGACACUGUGUGGUGCUCGGCGGAAUGCCCAAGAAGAGAUCAAGGUUGGAGUUGGACGCGGGGGUGUCACUGUGGGCAGGCCUUCAACCGGACAUUCUAGGAAUCGUGCUCCACUUCCUUCCAUGCCUUGCCGACCGUGCGAGGAUGCGGUCCGUGUGCCGUCACUGGCGAGCCAGCGCGAACGGCCACGUCCUGCCACCGCCGCUGCCCCUGCUGAUGCUUCCUGGUUUCAAGUUCUCGAGCCUAUCAGAUAAGGGGGAUUUGAUGCCUGUGCGGUGCGUGCCGGUGCCUAAGGAGGUUGCAGCUGAUGAUCUCCGAUGUGUGGGUUCUUUUCAUGGAUGGCUUGUAGGUGUGACUCCUAACAAGGAUCGCAGCGACGAGUACAACAGAGAUGCCGAUGGUGACUGCUUCCUGGUGAAUGUUUUCUCUCGCAAGGUCAUUCGCCUACCGCAGCUGUGCCAUAUGCGUUACAAUUUCCCUGCUUACUCCAGUAAGACCCUCCGCAUCAUCAAUGGUUCUGGUGAGGUCUAUUUUCGUGUCAAUGAUAUAUACACAAUGUCACUAUGCAAUGUGGCACUAUCUGCUUCACCUGACUCAAGAGGCAAGUACAUUGUAGCUGCUUCCUCUGACCACAAGUGUGCAUCAAAACUUGCUCUCUGGCAGCCUGGGAUGAUUUCAUGGCAUAUUUGCGCUGGCGUUGACAUUGAUGGCCCAAGAGAUCUCACUUUUUACCUUGGGAAGCUGUAUGUGCUCCAAAGAUAUAAGAUACGCCUCUUUGCUUUUGAAGUUGGGGAGGACAAUGGUGGGCUCAUGGUCUCUCGCGUUAAGCGUUGUCUGAGUGCGCUGCCUCUCCAUCAUCCCUACCAGGAAGGUGGUGCAAUAAGUUGUAAUAUGGUUGUGUGGCGUGGAGAGCUAUUAUUAAUCAUCAGACACUACAGCGACAAUUACCGUGACCGAGAAGUUCUUAAAGUUGAAGUGUUUGCACUGGAUGUUAACACAAACCCUUAUGGACUAACUGAGAUUCACAGCUUGAAUGGUGACUGUAUCUUUGUUGGCUUAGGUGGCUGCAAGUCCUUUCCUGCUGGUCUACAUCAUGGAGUUGAAGGUGACCAUAUCUACUUUGUCCCUGAUGAUUGGAAGCCUUAUGAUACAUUUGUGUAUAGCAUGAGAGAUGAGAACAUGACCACUGAAAGCUCGCUUCAAUUUGAGUUUCACACAUUGAAACUCCUAUGUGACAACCAAACAUUGUUUGGAGUUUGGACACUUGGUGGAGGUGACCUCCUGCUGUGUUGUAACUGACAAGGUUAAAAGAGCCUUUUCAGCUAGAAAAUUGUCAAUAGACUGAGUUGAGAAAUAAGAUGGGGAAUGAUAGGUUGAAUCAUAUUGAGAGAGAUGUUUUGGCAAUCACUGAAGAUGAUAUUUUGUAAUAUUUCCUAGAACUGAAUAAUAGAGUGAAAAAGUUUACCUCCGUUAUCUCAAA